AUGGCACGUGAUAGCAUCGUGAUUCUGGGUGCGGGGAUUAUUGGGCUGAAUGUGGCCAUGGAGCUGUCGAAGCAGGGAUAUGGACGCCAAACAACUGUCAUCGCCAAGCACCUUCCAGGAGACAUUCAUGUGGACUAUACGUCGCCCUGGGCAGGAGCCAAUUUCUCGGGCAUAUCGGGAGCAAAUCUGAAUGCGUUGCGCUGGGACAAGGCCGGAUACCUGUCGUUGAUGCAGCUCAUUGAUGACGGCGCUGAAGAAGCAAAGUACCUUUCGAAAAUGCAAUCGACAGAAUACUGGGAUGAGCGACCGUCACCUGAAAAGAUAAGAAGUGUGACUGAAUACCUACGUGAUGUUCAAUAUAUUUCACAAGCGGAACUGCCGCCAAACGCUACGUUUGGUCUUCGAUUCACCACCAUUACGUUUAAUGCCCCGGCCCAUUGCCUGCAUCUCAAGUCCCUUCUCUCGCAGGAGCAGUAUGGUUCGGUUAAGUUCGUCCGACAUGAACUACAGUCCUUAGAAGAUGCAUUCAUAUCACCCAGAACAAAAGUUGUCUUCAACUGCAUUGGAAAUGCGGCCAUCACUGUUCCUGGCGUGCAGGACCCCACGUGCUACCCGACGAGAGGCCAGAUUGUCCUAGCCCAGGCCCCCUCUGUGAGGGAGAACAUCAUGCGCCACGGCAAAAACUACGAGACAUAUAUCAUCCCUCGACCAGAUUCUGAUUCAACGGUCAUCCUAGGAGGAUAUCUUCAAAAGGGGGACUGGGACAGUAACGUUAGGGAGCACGAAACUCAAUCAAUUCUGCAAAGAACUGGGGAUCUGCUGCCUGUGCUGAGGAAUGGCGAGACAAAAAUACUGAAGGUUGCUGUGGGCUUCCGACCAUCCCGGCAGGAUGGCGCGCGUGUUGAGCGCGAAGACCUUCGUGCCGGCCAAACGGUGGUGCAUAAUUACGGCGCUGGGGGAACCGGAUAUCAGGCGGGUAUGGGCAUGGCGCAGGAUGCAGUCAGCUUGGUACGGGACAUUCUUGAUUCUCUGCCAAUAAAGAGUACACUGUGA